AUGGAGAAUUCAAAAGAAAGAGAAAUUUUAGUGAUUAAUAAUGAAAAUGACAUAGAUCAAGUGGAAUUAGAUGAAGUAGUGGAAUAUUUAAAUGAAAGGGAAGAAAAAGACAAUGGAAAUAGUGAAUUAAAUAUUUACUUACUACUUUUAUUUUCCAUUAUAGCACUAAGUGUAUCAAUAGCUUUAAUUUUAUAUUCAAAUGAUUCUAAUGAAAAGAAAAAAUCAGCAGAUUAUAACAGAUUAUUAGAAAAAACUGAUAAAUCCAUCAGUGUUAAUGAUUAUCAAAUAUGUCUGGGUAGAAUAAAAAAAGUAAAAACUAUGAAUGAAAUGCUUAAUGAGAAAAAUUUUAAUUUUAAUCAAAUCAAAGAGCCUUAUAAUGAAUUUAUUAUUCUAUUGGAUAAAUUAGAAAACUAUGAUAAUCAUAAUAAUGAUUUGUUACAUAAUGCAGUGAUUAAUAAGGAAGUUUUAAUCACUUUUAUAAAGGAUGUUCUAUUUUCAGACAAACUUGCAAUCUUUACAGAAAUACAUUAUCAUUAUCAUAAAUUUAAACAAAACGGAUCAAAUAUAACACAUGGACAAUUAAGUGAUGAUAUUAACAACUGUAUUAAAAAUUCAUCUAAUCAUGAGCAUCAUUUGGUUUUAUUUUAUCAAAUCAAACAUAUUUUAAAUUUUAUUGGACUAAAUUAUGAAAAAUUCACUUCUGGUGACAGUGGGAAGCAAGCCUAUAUAGAAAAAUACUUUAAUGAUUCUAACAAAGAAUAUGAUCAUAUAAAAAAACUCAAAGAUUAUUGGUUUGAUUUAUUUCCACUAACAGAUACAAUGAUUAAAGAAAGAGCAUUUUAUCCUGAUUUUGUUCCCGAUAAACCAUUUGUUUUUCCAAUUGAUCUAAAUUUUAUUAACAAUUACUUUCAUCAAGAUAUAAAAAAGUUUUUUAUAAGAAAUUUAAUAAAAAUUUCUAAACAUACUAUUAGUACAAUUAGUGAUUUUCUUAACGAGUCUAAAAGUAAUUAUAUAGAAGAUAAUAAAAAGUUAAAUAUUUUUCAAAGUAUGGUUAAAUACAUCAAUAGUUUUGGGAUAAUUCAACGAUUUAAAAAGGUUUGGAGUGGUAAUACUUAUAAACCUAUAAUUAUUAAAACUGAAAUUGACACUUGUGCUAGUUUUAUGGUACAAAUAUUAUAUUACAUUCAUUUAAUUGAAAAUAAAGAUAAUAAUAAUUCUGAUUUUAAUCGCAUUCUUAAUGAAAUUGAAGAAUUGUUAAAUGAUACACAAAACACAGAUCUUCUUAAUUAUAUUAAAAAACUUUUAGAAAAAAUUGAGACAAUUAAUAGUUUAUUUGAAAUUUUAACUAGAAAAUAUCAAUAA